GGCACAUACACCGCUUCAUUCAGACCUGAGUGAUAAUUGGACGUCAUCUUGAACUGUCCGACAUGUUUUUAAAACUCUGGUUCGGGUACUUCUUAUUUCACGCAGUGARGUUACUGGAUGCUAGCACCGCUAUUGAUAAAGACUGCAAUGAGAUCCUAGGGAUCCAGUCCAGUAAAGUCAAUUUAACUGCUUCAACCUCAAGACUUCCUUUAACUACCUUCGGUCCUCAACAAGCCCGACUCCACAACACGCAUGUCUGGUGUGCUGGUAAAGCUGACGCUGACCAGCACCUAGAAAUAGACUUGGGGCUCGUCACAUUGAUCAAGUCUGUCGCCAUACAAGGAAACCCAAAUGACGACGAGUUUGUUAAAACCUUUAGUCUGUCCUAUGCAGUUCUUAAAGGACGUUGGUUGACAUAUCUUGAGAAUGGAGYCAAGCGAAUUUUCCCAGGGAACUUCAACAGGGGAGAGGUCACAAUCCAGACUUUACAGACGAUCACCGCUGCUCGUUAUGUCCAAAUAAUCCCAGAGACUUGGUUUAGUCACGUGUGCAUCAGAACCGAAUUGUACGGCUGCGAAGCAAAGCCAACGCUUCCCCUGGGGAUGAUGAGUGGAGAAAUACCAGACAGCCUUGUUACAGCUUCUACAUAUUGGAGUGGUUCAGUGCCACACCCAAGCACAUAUGGCCGCUUACAUUGGACCAAAUAUGGUUCGAGCCAAACCUGGGCGGCUGGAACAGUAGACACGAAUCAGUGGUUGCAGAUUGGUCUGAGCAGAAUGGAGUUUGUCACUGCCAUUGCAACACAAGGGAGACAUGCUCAUAAUCAGAGGGUGACAAGCUAUUACCUGUCGUAUGGUAAUAAUACAGUCUUGUGGACUGAAUACCUGGAAGGAGGUGUUAGGAAGGUAUUUACUGGAAAUUCAGAUAGCGAAACUGUAGUCCGCCACGUCCUACCGACUGUCAUAUAUGUACGCUUUGUCAGAUUUAACCCCGUCACCUGGAAUCAACACAUAUCAAUGAGGGUAGAAGUAUUCACAUACGGUCGAGCCUCUCCUGCAGAUCUUGGUAUAGAAGAUAAAGAAAUACCCAAUAACCAGAUAACAGCUUCGUCUUUCUUUGGUUCAGACCAUGAACCAUAUAAAGGAAGGUUGAAUUCUGCAACAGGCGCUUACUCUUGGUGUCCUAAAACAAAAAGUGGAAACCACUGGCUAAUGUUUGACUUUGGUCACGUAAUGCUCGUAACGGGCAUAGUCACGCAAGGAAGAGGAAAUGGUGUUGCCCGAUGGGUGACGAGAUACCAGGUGUCAUAUAGCCUUGACAACAUCAAUUUUAUAUUUUAUAAAGACAAUGCUGCUUCGCAGGUUAAGACUUUUCAAGGAAAUACCAAUGAUAUCGGAUAUGUUACAAGGACAUUGGACAGGGAUAUCGAAGCACGAUGGAUAAGAAUUCAUCCAAAGACUUGGAUUCCAGAUAAAAUUGUUUGUUUCAGGUCGACGAUUCUUGGUCGAAGAAAAGGACCCCUCGGUAGUCCCGUCUUUGCUAAUCAAGCUGAUUCACCCAACAUCGUUACAUACGAACACCAAGACGUCACUCUACAGUGUAAACCCGUAGGGGAUUCGCCUAUUACGGUUAUCUGGACACACAAAGGAAAACUUAUCCAAUCUAGUUCUAGCAACACUCAUCUCAGUCUCUUAAACGUCAACAAGACUGAUCAAGGCAUAUAUCUUUGUACUGCUACCAAUGCUCUUGGUUCUAACACAAAGACCCUUCAUCUGCAAGUUAAAGAUAGUUCUGAGGUGUGCACCAACCAUCGAUAUCUUGACGAUGAUUCUCGUUUAUCAACCAAAUUAACAUYARMCCUCAUUCAAGAUGAYACCAACUUGACUGAGAAUGAUUGGUACGUGUUCCGCGGURCAAGAGGCUAUUAUCGUAUUCCAAACAAGUGUCUACCACAAAACCGUUGCGGUGCUACAGCUACAGGAUACAUGGAGGGUAACUUUCCAACUCUUGCUGACGGUAUUGUCAAAAGAAAGCUCUGUUUUCAUGCCAACGGUAACUGCUGCCACUUUAGUACGUACAUUUAUGKGCGCAACUGUUACUCCUUCUAUGUCUACAAACUUAAGAAACUCGCCUUGUCCUGGUCAGCGAGAUAUUGUGUCCAACACUACCACAACGAGAAACCCAGCAGGAUGUUUCAAGAAAAUCCACAGCCACUUGUUCUCUGUAACCACGUCUUCCAACGCCUCUACCAAGUGUCGGAUAGUCUGACUUGUUUUCGAUAUUGCCUGCUAUAUACUACAUGUCAGACCUUCAACUACUAUCCAAACUUAUCCACAUGUGAGCUGAACAAUGCUACAGCAGAAGAAUAUCCUCAGGACAUGGCAACACGACCAGGAUACAAAUAUCACUAUCCAAUCCCUUCUAUCGCCAUACAAGGAAACCCAAAUGACGACGAGUUUGUUAAAACCUUUAGUCUGUCCUAUGCAGUUCUUGAAGGACGUUGGUUGACAUAUCUUGAGAAUGGAGCCAAGCGAAUUUUCCCAGGGAACUUCAACAGUGGAGAGGUCACAAUCCAGACUUUACAGACGAUCACCGCUGCUCGUUAUGUCCAAAUAAUCCCAGAGACUUGGUUUAGUCACGUGUGCAUCAGAACCGAAUUGUACGGCUGCGAAGCAAAGCCAACGCUUCCCCUGGGGAUGAUGAGUGGAGAAAUACCAGACAGCCUUGUUACAGCUUCUACAACUUUCACUGGAUUUCCUGGCUCAUAUGGCCGCUUACAUUGGACCAAAUAUGGUUCGAGCCAAGCCUGGGUGGUUAGAACAUUAGRCACGAAUCAGUGGUUACAGAUAGAUCUGAGCAGAAUGGAGUUUGUCACUGCCAUUGCAACACAAGGGAGACAUGCGUAUAAUCAGUGGGUAACAAGCUAUUACCUGUCGUAUGGUAAUAAUACAGUCUUGUGGACUGAAUACCUGGAAGGAGGUGUUAGGAAGGUAUUUACUGGAAAUUCAGAUAGCGAAACUGUAGUCCGCCACGUCCUACCGACUGUCAUAUAUGUACGCUUUGUCAGAUUUAACCCCGUCACCUGGAAUCAACACAUAUCAAUGAGGGUAGAAGUAUACACGUAUGGUCGAGCCUCUCCUGCAGAUCUUGGUAUAGAAGAUAAAGAAAUACCCAAUAACCAGAUAACAGCUUCGUCUUUCUAUGGUUCAGACCAUGAACCAUAUAAAGGAAGGUUGAAUUCUGCAACAGGCGCUUACUCUUGGUGUCCUAAAACAAAAAGUGGAAACCAUUGGCUAAUGUUUGACUUUGGUCACGUAAUGCUCGUAACGGGCAUAGUCACGCAAGGAAGAGGAAAUGGUGUUGCCCGAUGGGUGACGAGAUACCAGGUGUCAUAUAGCCUUGACAACAUCAAUUUUAUAUUUUAUAAAGACAAUGCUGCUUCGCAGGUUAAGACUUUUCAAGGAAAUACCAAUGAUAUCGGAUAUGUUACAAGGACAUUGGACAGGGAUAUCGAAGCACGAUGGAUAAGAAUUCAUCCAAAGACUUGGGUUUCAUCCGAUGGUCAUCUUUGUUUCAGGUCGACGAUUCUUGGUCGAAGAAAAGGACCCCUCGGUAGUCCCGUCUUUGCUAAUCAAGCUGAUUCAYCCAACAUCGUUACAUACGAACACCAAGACGUCACUMUACAGUGUAAACCCGUAGGGGAUUCGCCUAUUACUGUUAUCUGGACACACAAAGGAAAACUUAUCCAAUCUAGUUCUAGCAACACUCAUCUCAGUCUCUUAAACGUCAACAAGACUGAUCAAGGCAUAUAUCUUUGUACUGCUACCAAUGCUCUUGGUUCUAACACMAAGACCCUUCAUCUACAAGUUAAAGAUAGUUCUGAGGUGUGCACCAACCAUCGAUAUCUUGACGAUGAUUCUCGUUUAUCAACCAAAUUAACAUYARMCCUCAUUCAAGAUGAYACCAACUUGACUGAGAAUGAUUGGUACGUGUUCCGCGGUGCAAGAGGCUAUUAUCGUAUUCCAAACAAGUGUCUACCACAAAACCGUUGCGGUGCUACAGCUACAGGAUACAUGGAGGGUAACUUUCCAACUCUUGCUGACGGUAUUGUCAAAAGAAAGCUCUGUUUUCAUGCCAACGGUAACUGCUGCCACUUUAGUACGUACAUUUAUGGGCGCAACUGUUACUCCUUCUAUGUCUACAAYCUUAAGAAACUCGCCUUGUCCUGGUCAGCGAGAUAUUGUGUCCAGCACUACCGCAACGAGAAACCCAGCAGGAUGUUUCAAGAAAAUCCACAGCCACUUGUUCUCUGUAACCACGUCUUCCAACGCCUCUACCAAGUGUCAGAUAGUCUGACUUGUUUUCGAUAUUGCCUGCUAUAUACUGCAUGUCAGACCUUCAACUACUAUCCAAACUUAUCCACAUGUGAGCUGAACAAUGCUACAGCAGAUGAAUAUCCUCAGGACAUGGCAACACGACCAGGAUACAAAUAUCAUUAUGAAGUCAAACUUGUAGUUUAAAAAUAAUACCAUAGUGUAUGGAUGUUAUCAAUAGUUUAUUUCAUUUUGUAAAUGCGGACUGAGCUUAUUUUUGGAGCCAGUUAUGUAUACAGUAUGUAGUGCUGUAGAACUGGAGUCUAAUUGCGGGCACUGAACUUUUUCACUAUAAAUAUAUACUUCUUACCGGUGAUUCCAUUUUUUGGUAGAAGAGAUUGCAUGCUUUUUCUACUUUAUACGAUUUAGCGUGACACUGAAAGCACUGAUGCAGAGUCAGAUUUAAUUUUAGUUCAAGUAUAUAUCCUUGGUUUACCAUAUUUAACUAUAGUAGUGGUGGUCUCUCAACACCCAUUUUUAUCUAUUGGUCGGGAAUAACACCAGGAUCAUUCAGUCUCCAAUGGCUUUGCACAUUUGUUUCCGCUUUUCUAUAAUCUAAGUAUGGGUAGUUUUGGUUUAGUAAAAAUAA